AUAUGCUGCAACACCUUUUAGAUGUGUCGUGUGCACCUGAUGUGCAUGGCGAUAUUGUUACAAAUAUGGACGUCAGGUGAGCUGAGACGCCGAGCAUUUCCUCCCGAGGUUACAGGCAAGGCUGCACGCGACUUAUCUAAGGUGUUGCAGCACGUUGAAUAACAAUUUAAACAUUAGUUUUAAUUUUUUUUUCCCCCUGACGGUGCCAAAAACAACUUUCACAACUGCUCCUCCUGUUAUUUUGCUCACCGAGCAGCGUGUGGAGUGAUUGGCUGUCAUGAAUCAAAGGAUACCCGGUUUACAGCGAGAGAAAGUGGUAGGCUACUCACUGUCUGGGUUGUACCAAAAACUGAGGGAUUUCCCCUUUCAUGUCAAAGUUGAUUAUCCAUGUCAUUAAUUGCAUGUAGGCCAUAAAUGAUGAGCCUACUUUCACCAAGAACCCACGUUUAAUUACACAAAGAGAAAUUAGGUAUUUUCUUAUUUGUCUUCCUUUAUGGACCAAAGCGCAGUGUCAAUACCCCCGUUUCUUGGUAAUGGAUAAACUAUGUAACCAAAUAGAGGGCUGCGCUCAAGAUAAUAAAUAUUAGAAUAAAAGAAGCUCUUUUAUUUCCCAUAUGUUAAAAUGUCGGUGGCAUUUUCAUCGGCGCGCCCCAGGAGUAAAGGGGAGGUGACACAGCAAACGAUUCAAAAGAUGCUGGAUGAAAAUCAUCAUUUAAUACAAUGUAUAAUGGAUUACCAAAGCAAAGGCAAGACAGCUGAGUGCACACAGUAUCAGCAGAUCCUGCACAGAAAUCUUGUUUACUUGGCCACAAUAGCAGACUCCAAUCAGAACAUGCAGUCACUACUACCUGCACCUCCUACUCCCAACAUGUCCAUGGGUCCUGGAGGGAUGGGCCAGAGUGGGGGACAUGCUCCAAGCAACCUCAAUGAUAACAUAGCACCAGGACUGCCCCCCGCGUCUAUGAUGCAGAGCCAAAUGAGCAAUGGCCCCAGCCAUGCCCCCAUGCAGCAGCAGUCUGGUCAGGUGCACUCGGCUAUUCCCUCCGCAUCCCUCAGCCUGCCUGCCAGCAGCUACGGUAGCUCAGCUUCAGCCUCCGGUUACAGCCACGCCUUGCCCUCCUCCCAGGGUAGCAUGAUCCAGGGCCCAGGGCCUGGCUAUGGCUCUUCCUCUUCUUCCUCCACAUCCUCCUCUUCUUCCUCCUCCUCCCGCAGCAACCUCAACAUGCAGUCAAACCAAGUCACCAUGAUGCACCAACAAUCUGCCACUCCACACUACUCCUCAGCCCAGGCUGGGGGCCAACAUUAUCAGGGACAGCAGGCCAUGGGCAUGAUGGGUCAGGGCAGUCAAGGAAACAGUAUGAUGUCUCAGAGGCCCAUGGGAUCCUACCGCUCCUCACAACAAGGAUCUGCACAGCAGUACAUGGGACAAGACGAGUUCUACGGAGAGCAGUAUGGACACACUCAGAGCUCCAGCGAGCCCAUAAACCAGCAAUAUUACCCUGAUGGUCAUGGGGAGUACUCGUAUCAACAGUCUUCAUAUGGUGAGCAAGGCUAUGACAGGUCCUUUGAUGAAUCUUCACAGCAUUAUUAUGAAGGAGGUAACUCUCAGUACAGUCAACAGCAAACCCAGUAUCAGCAGGGCUCUGGCCAGCAACAGCCCUUCAGCCAGCAACAGUACUCCUCUCAACAAGGCUACAGCGGACAGCCACAGGGAUACGGUCCUGGCCAGGGUGGAUCAUCCCAGUACUCUCAGUAUCAGCAGGGUCAAAGCCAACAGUAUAGCUCCUACCGUUCCUCCCAGGGAGGUCCUGGAGCGCAGACGCAGAGGCCCUAUGCCUAUGAACAGGGUCAGUAUGGGAAUUAUCAGCAAUAAGAUGCCACAUUAUUUUCCUGUUGGAAGAAAUGAAAAAAGGAAGGGUUCAACAGUGACACGCUGGCUCAGCUGUGGAUUAGAAGAUCUGGCUUUAUCAUAUUCAUUAUCCUCUCAUUAAUUCAUUAUUGUAGCUAAGAAUAGAUAAUCUUGUCAAAUGUGACGCUUUCCUCAUCUGUUUUGCUCGCUACAGGGGGUAAAGUGCUACUGGUCACCCUACGAAAAGUCAGGGUGCUUGUGGAAUCAAGACAGUUAAUGUAAACCUUCUACAUGUACUGAAAAGGUUGCUAAAAGGGAGCAGUAAAGUCAUCAGAUGAGCCUCAGCAAAUUGCUUGUAUCCUUCCCUUUCUUUUUCUGUCUUUGCUUUCACUUGCCUUUAACCUAUACCCUGCUUUUAUUUUAUUUUGCAAGCCUCUUGUUUUAUUUUUCAGAGAAGGUCUGUGGUUUGUGAGACUUUGGCUAUAAAAAGCACAUUAGCCUUAAAGGUAGUUUUCCUUGAUAAUUAACUAAUAGAUUAGGUCCAUCUCUUGCUUUAAUUCCUGGUAGAGACACAUUAAUUUAUGAAGGUGAAAACUUUGGUCCUUGAACCUGACUUGAUCAGGGGAUUUGUCUGUGUUGGUCAAAAUGUAAUGUGUUGCUGUGUGGUCUAACAUUAUGUGUUUUCACUUUCUUCAUAUGUCUUACUGAGGUAAUAGACACAAUAGAUAGCUGACUGAUCCAGACUUAAAAGUGUGUAUCAUUGUCCAUGUUAAUCAUACAUCGUGGUAGUAUUUUUGACACUUUAUUUCCAGUGGCAUUACGCUGCAUAGACAUAUCGUUAUUGUGCAGAGUUAAGAGGGGUUACACUACUCUGAUGCUAUUUAGUGAUGAUUUUACAUAUAAAAAACACAUCACCACUUUGUCUGCACUUUAUUUUGCAGUGACAGUGUAUGUAUUGUCUGAUAUUUUGUAUUGUAGUACAAUUCAGGCUAUUUUAACAAAUGAUCCUCAAAAAGCCAAAGUAACACAGGAACAGAACAGUUACGUGUCCUGCACGUCUACUUAAAUAAGUGCAAUACACUCAGUCGGUCAUGUUGAGGUUGGUUCUGAUGGUGAUCUCACACUGUAUAUCUUUAUUUGUAGUUUCUUGACAUAUAUUAAAGGCAAAGGCUAGGGCCGGUUUGUCUGAUAUUAUUAAAGCUGGGGUAGGUAAGGUUGGAUACACUUGAUUUUAACAGUAUCCAAAAAAAUCCCACCCCUUCCCUUCAGACCUCACUCAAAACAUUUUCAUGCACAAUGGGCAGAGUUCGUGCAGGUAGACAGGAUUGACCGUGCUUAUUACAGUUCUGUGACAGCCACAGAUACCGGAUUUUCUUCUAACUUUUAUGUCAGGGCAUUUGAUGUAUUGAUUGCUGUCGGGAUGUAAAGAGAAUUUCAACGAACAAAAAAAUGCCUCUGAAAUAAAUUGCCUACCCCAGCUUUAAGCGUUAUGUUGCAGGCUUCAACUGAAAGGUCAUCUUUUAAUGAAAAUUAUUUUCUGUAUUUCUUAUUGACAGAUAAUGUGAAGUCUUUUACCACAAACAUAAAGCUUACUACUUUAAUGUUCUUUUUUUCAGUGAAAACUUUUAGCAUCAUCUUUUGUAUUAGAUGAAAAAAAAUGUUAAAAAUAAGACAAGUGUUAUAGAGGAGGUAUACAAGGGUUAUAGAAGGUACACUUUUAGAUAAGUGUAGAUGUCGUAAAAGCACACUUGCCUUAUUCUUUCUAUCUAUAGAUAGAUAGAUCUAUCUAUCUAUCUAUCUAUCUAUCUAUCUAUCUAUCUAUCUAUCUAUCUAUCAAUCAGUGUUGGGAAGGUUACUUUGCAAAUCUAAUAAGUUACCGAUAACAAGUUACCCAAUUUAAAAUGUAAUAGUAUUGUAACUAUUUCAAUUACUUGAUUAAAGUAAUGUAACUUAUUACAUUUAUUUACUUUUUGAUUACUUUUCAACUGUUAACUAUUUUGAAAAGACAGUUUGUGAGGCGCUGCAAAUUCAAACAUGAGAACCAAUCAAAAGCAUCAGAAUAGCAUCAAACUUUACUAGAUGGCUGGGGCUGGAAAUGGCAAAGGAAGACAAUGUGCACAUGAAAAACAUGCAACCACAACAAAAUUAAUAUUAUUCAACUUAUAGCCUAGCUUUUUACUGAAAAUAUUCAGAUGUAACCCCCAGUGUAAUCAUGAACCUUUUCAAAAGUAACUCGAAUUUAACUAUACAUUUUCCCCAGGUAACUGUAAUCCAUUACAGUUACAUUUAUUUUGUAAUUAAAUUACGUAACUAAAUUACAUGUACAUACUUACUCCCCAACACUGCUAUCUAUCUAUCUAUCUAUCUAUCUAUCUAUCUAUCUAUCUAUCUAUCUAUCUAUCUAUCUAUCUAUCAUUACAAAAUGGGCAUAUACUGUAUUGUAUUGUUUAUUUAUUUAAAAGAAGACACCUCUGGUUAUUUCACUAAUUGCUGUUAUUUUUACAGUUUGAGCAGUAAGGAUUAUUAGUGUGACUGAGGGUCGAGCUUUGCAGUAUAUUCUGUAUUAACUUAACUUACUGUAUCUCAGAGGGGUAAAAUAACACAAUGGUUGCAGUCAUUUUGCAGGGUUAAUCAAGAAUGGGAGAUACCUGGCUGUCAAACAGCUAAAUAACUAUGUACCACUCAACAGUGACAAUCACUUUCUUCUCUAUAAUACAUUGAAUUUGUAUCAGUGUUUUAUUUUACUGUGAUCUGUAUGACAAGUCUUUACCAGUUCUGUCUAUGUAGUGUGUCUUCACUGAUCUGGGUGGUACGCCUUGUUUGUGUGUGUGUGUGUGUGUGUGUGUGUGUGUGUGUGUGUGUGUGUGUGCGUGCGUGCGUGCGUGUGUGUGUGUGAGAGAGAGAGAGAGAGAGAGAGAAUCAAUGUUGGUGUGCAUAAUCCAAAUAUGAAUGUUAUCUACUUAUAUAUUGUAAGACUGCAUUGCCUGAUCUUUUCUGCUGUCUUUUGUUACUGUUUGUUAUAUAAAAAUAA